GGACUGUCACCGUGCGCACAUCGGCGCAUUUACCGGAGCUGCACCUGGAUUUCGCCAGCACGUUGUUUUCAGCAAAUACUGCUGGAGAACUCUGGAUGUACGAGCCUAUAUUUGUUGCUCGCUGACAUUCGCUUUCUUUGGAAGACUGACGAGAUGGGGACACGGCGUGCCGAGGUGGCACUCAGACACAUGAUGGGGAUCCAAACAAGGAGCCUUUUUAUUCUUGCUCAGUAGCUGCUGUAAAAGAAUCGGACAUUGAUGACCCUGAGAGUGUCAGUUUGGACUUAACUUUAAAGAGCACGCGAGAUUUAAGCCUUUUGCGUUGGAGAGAAAGUGUAUCUCUGUUUAUACUUGCGCGCAAGGACGAUUUUAUUGCGUAAAAGACUGAUUGUGACCGGAGACUCGUGUGCAGGUUGCGCGCACCGGCGCUCCGAAAACCAUUAAUCAACAAGAGCUGAGCGAAGGCGCGGGUGACUGUAGCUGCAAAAACCGCUGAGCCUCAAUUCUCGAGUGUCCUCACUUCUCACGCAUCCCGCCAAUCCAUAGGAAGAGGAGGAGCCACACUCAUAUUAAAUAAUCCAGGACGAGGGGCGGGGCCAUGGGGAUUGUACGAGUGCUGUUAUUGGCCGGUCUGCUGGGCCCUGUAACUCUAGCAUUCAGUCGAGCCCCCGUGCCCAUGGCAGUUGUUCGGCGGGAGUUGUCCUGUGAAAGUUACCCCAUUGAGCUGCGUUGUCCAGGUACGGACGUCAUUAUGAUCGAAAGCGCCAACUACGGCCGAACAGAUGACAAGAUUUGCGACGCCGACCCUGCCCAGAUGGAGAACACGCGCUGUUAUUUACCCGAUGCCUACAAGAUCAUGAGCCAGAGGUGUAAUAACCGAACACAAUGUGCUGUAGUGGCCGGGCCAGAUGCUUUUCCUGAUCCCUGUCCUGGAACCUACAAAUAUCUUGAAGUUCAGUACGAGUGUGUCCCAUACAAGGUGGAACAGAAAGUUUUCUUGUGCCCGGGGCUCUUGCGGGGCGUUUAUCAGAGCGAGCAUCUGUUCGAAUCCGACCACCAGUCUGGCGCUUGGUGUAAAGACCCCUUACAGGCCUCCGAUAAGAUCUAUUACAUGCCCUGGACACCAUAUCGUACGGACACCCUCACCGAAUACUCCAGCAAAGAGGACUUCAUCGCCGGGCGUCCUACGACUACUUACAAACUCCCCCAUCGGGUUGACGGCACGGGUUUUGUCGUGUACGACGGGGCUCUUUUCUUCAACAAAGAACGGACACGUAACAUUGUGAAGUUCGACCUGCGUACCCGUAUCAAGAGCGGGGAGGCCAUCAUCGCCAGCGCAAACUACCACGAUACUUCUCCCUACCGCUGGGGUGGGAAAUCGGAUAUUGAUUUGGCUGUGGAUGAAAACGGUCUUUGGGUGAUUUACGCCACAGAACAAAAUAACGGACGGAUCGUCAUCAGCCAGUUGAAUCCAUACACGCUGCGCGUGGAAGGAACGUGGGAUACGGCCUACGACAAGCGCUCCGCCUCCAACUCCUUUAUGAUUUGUGGAAUUUUGUACGUGGUGAAAAGUGUCUACGAAGAUGAUGACAGCGAAGCCACUGGGAAUAAAAUCGACUACAUAUACAACACGGAGCUGAGCAAAGACGGCUACCUGGACAUCUCUUUCCCAAAUUCCUAUCAGUAUAUUGCAGCCGUGGAUUAUAAUCCCAGAGAUAAUCUGCUUUAUGUCUGGAAUAACUACCAUGUUGUCAAAUAUUCUCUCGAUUUUGGAAUGCUGGACACUAGGCAAGAAUCAUCUUCUUCUGGGAAUGUCUUAAUGGACACGACAACAAUGCGGACCACCACUCGCCCUGUCACCGUUACCAUGACGACCCCCACCACCUCCACCACUACAGCAACCACCAAAUCACCCGCCACAACGGCAGCGAUCACGCACAGUUCUACGACAGAGCAGCCGUCCGUAGUGGAUGCCCUUUCUGAGGUCACCUCUCGCUCGGACCCCUCGUCCGUCUUGCCCAAUAUUGCUGUGGAGUACUGCAGCCCUGUCAGUGACUCCGGCCUCACGUGGCCAAAAACACGUCAGGGGGCUGUCGCUAAGCAACCGUGCCCACCUGGAACUAUCGGAACAGCUGUGUUCGCCUGUCAGGGGCCCGAGGGACUGUGGGACCUGAAGGGACCCGAUCUGAGCAACUGCACCUCCACGUGGAUCAACAUCAUCAACCAGAAGAUUCGAGCGGGUGAGCCUGCUGCCAUAAUUUCUCGAGAGCUGUCUGAACAGACUAAGGGCCACAUGCACGCGGGUGACAUCACCUACACAGUGAGGGCCAUGGGUCAUCUCAUCGACCUGCUCGACAUCCAACUUAGGAAUCUAACGCCUGGUGGAAAGGACAGCGCCGCCCGGAGCCUCAAUAAGCUGCAGAAAAGGGAGCGAUCGUGUCGAUAUUUUGUUCAGGCCAUGGUGGAAACGGUGAACAACCUACUGCAGCCGCAGGCACGGGCGGCAUGGAUGGGUCUCUCGACAGGAGAGCAGCUGCGUGCCGCAACCAUGCUGUUGGAUACCGUAGAGCAGGGCGCGUUCGUGCUCGCCGACAAUCUGCUGAAAACUGACGUCGUGCAAGAAAACACAGAAAACAUUCAGCUGGAGGUGGCCAGGAUGAGUACAGACGGAAAUCUUCCCGAUCUGAAAUUUCCACAGACUGGAGGCCAGGGCAACGGCAUCCACCUGUCAGCAAACACCCUUAAACAACAUGGAAGAAACGGUGAGAUCCGAAUGGCGUUUGUAUUGUACAAGAAUCUGGGUUCAUACCUGUCCACUGAAAAUGCCAGCAUGAAGUUCAGCAGUGAGACGUUAAACACAAAUUACUCUGUCAUCGUCAACUCUCCAAUCAUAACAGCCGCCAUUAACAAAGACAGUAACAAAGUUUACCUGUCUGACCCCGUCAUCUUCACCGUCCGACACGUUCAGCAGUCAGAAGAGAAUUUCAACCCCAACUGUUCAUUCUGGAGCUACUCGAAGCGAAACAUGACAGGGUUCUGGUCAACGCAAGACUGCCGACUGCUCGGAACUAACCGGACACACACCACCUGUUCGUGCACACACCUGACAAACUUUGCCAUGCUUAUGGCUCAUGUGGAUGUGAAGACGGCAGACCCCGUGCACGAUUUGUUGUUGGACGUCAUCACGUGGGUGGGCAUCCUGCUGUCUCUGGUGUGUCUGCUCGUGUGCAUCUUCACCUUCUGCUUCUUCCGCGGCCUGCAGAGCGAUCGCAACACCAUCCACAAGAACCUGUGCAUCUCACUCUUCAUCGCCGAAACGCUCUUCCUCACAGGGAUCAACCGUGUAGACCAGCCUAUCGCCUGCGCUGUCUUCGCUGCUCUUCUGCACUUCUUCUUCCUGUCUGCGUUCACGUGGAUGUUUCUGGAAGGCGUUCAGCUCUACAUCAUGUUGGUAGAGGUGUUUGAAAGCGAGCACUCGCGCAAGCGCUAUUUCUACAUGGUGGGAUACGGUGUUCCUGCCGUCAUCGUGGCCGUGUCUGCCGCCGUGGAUUACCGCAGUUACGGGACUGACAGAGUGUGUUGGUUACGUUUGGACACUUAUUUCAUCUGGAGUUUUAUAGGUCCUGCCACACUCAUCAUCAUGCUAAACGUGAUCUUUCUCGGAAUCGCACUCUACAAGAUGUUCCACCACACCACCAUCCUGAAGCCUGACUCUGGUUGCCUUGACAACAUCAAGUCAUGGGUAAUCGGUGCCAUAGCGCUGCUGUGUUUACUGGGUCUGACUUGGGCGUUCGGCCUGAUGUAUGUCAACGAGAGCACAGUCAUAAUGGCGUAUCUCUUCACCAUCUUCAACUCUCUGCAGGGCAUGUUCAUCUUCAUAUUUCACUGCGUGCUGCAGAAGAAGGUACGCAAAGAAUACGGAAAGUGCCUGCGGACUCAUUGCUACAGCGGGAAGAGUUUGGAUUCAUCCAUGGGUUCAGGAAAAAGUUCAGCAUCCCGUGGGCCUGGACGGUAUUCAUCUGCUUCACAGGUUCACCACCCGCCUUGUAUGACAAACUCCUCACAGUUACAGUAUGAACAAAGCCGAAUCCGUCGGAUGUGGAACGACACGGUGAGGAAACAGACAGAAUCCUCAUUUAUGACGGGAGACAUCAACAGCUCAGCUACACUGAACAGAGGUGCCAUGGCCAAUCACAUCAUCCCAAACUCGCUGCUGCGCGCGCACACCUCUAACAACCCCUAUAACACCCUACUGGGCGACUCAGCCAUCUAUAACAACCCCACUCUCAGCAUGUACAACGCUCAAGAGGGACUGCUGAACAAUGCCCGGGAUACAAGUGCCAUGGAUACUCUACCACUGAAUGGUAGCCACGGUAACAGCUACAGCCUGGCCAGCGCCGAUUACUUAAGCGACUGCGUGCAAAUCAUUGACCGCACGUACAACGUCCACAAAGAGAUCACGCUGGAGAAACAGAUCCUCAAAGAGCUCACCUCCAACUACCUGCCCACCUACCUGAACAAUCACGACCGCGCGGCCGAGCACGGACGCAACCUCAUGAACAAAUUGGUUAAUGAAGUCAGCAACGGGGGUGGGGUGAAAGACUCGCCCAUGCUGCCCGUCAAUCUGGCACUGGGCCUGACCGACUCCGCCUCGUUUCCGUCAGAGGAUGCUCUGGGACUCGAGCUGAUCAGGGAAGAGUCCAGCGUGCCUCUGCUUCCGCCGCCGCGUCCCGCAAGUCACCCUCCUCAGCCCCUUCCCACUUCCUUCGGCUCCACAUCCAGACGCCACCUUCCUCAAGACAACAGCGAGAGUUUCUUCCCUCUGCUUACGGAGGAGCAAACGGAAGAGACUCCUUCACCCCAGAGAGACUCGCUUUACACAAGCAUGCCCGCGCUGCCCGAGCCUGACCGCAAUGAGGUGCAGUCGCUGCUCCGCGGCGGAGACGUGCACACCCUUCCAAGGAGCGGGGAGCCGGACGACGUGUACUAUAAGAGCAUGCCCAACCUGGGCUCGCGCAACCACCUGCAUCAGCUCCACUCCUACUACCAGCUGGGCCGAGGCAGCAGCGACGGCUUCAUCGUCCCGCCCAAAGACGAGCUUUCACCUGAAGAGACGCCACAGGAGCCUGCACAUCUGGUCACUAGCCUAUAGAGGGGCGGUCACACCGCAAAACACACACACCAGCCCUCAUGCAUCAUCCUGAUCUAUUCACGGCCACGCCCACGACCCCAUCACAACCUCUCCUGUGUUUCCGUACUUUUCCGUCGCCCGCGGUUGUUCGGCUUUUGUUUUUACGUGUCUGCAGAUAAAUGAACUGCCAUGAAAAACCUUGGGAGGGGAUUUUGUAUUCUGUUGUUCGGCAGAGGAUCAUGGUUACUUUUGUUUGUCGAGAAAGGAGAACUGAGAUGUUUUCGGUCUCAUUGGUGGUGCACUUCUACUUAAAGGGAAAACUGACGUUAAAAUGGAUUCAAGAGAAUGAACUCAUUACGAUAAUCCAGUACUUGCAGAAACCCAGAAGGAACACAAAUAACUGCCAGAAACAUUGUCCAAUCAUCACCGAUCAAAACUACGUGACUCAAAAACUAUUUUAAUACCUUCUGUAUCCAUGUUUGCUUUUUAAAUAUUUUGUCUUCUGGUGUGGUGAAAGUUGGCACAUAGUCUCGCAAGUGAAGCAAAACUGACUUUCAAAAUAGACAACUUCACCUCAUGUGCUCUAGAGCAGACUUUCUCUCUCUCUCUUUGGUUUUGCUGUGUUAAUAACAAAUGUUAAAAGAGGGGACAAACUAAUACCAGAGAAUUCUACAAUAUUUCUAUGUAAAUGUACAGACGGUACAAAGAACUGUGCUCACUCAGUUUCCACACCCUCUGCUUCUGUAACCAUGGUGAUUUCAGAUGUUUCCUCUUGCCGCUUUCGUCGUCCACGACAGGUUUUUUCUUUCUUUGUUUUGUUAUCUCCUGUGUUCAUGUCUUCGUUUCGAUAGAAACACUGGCUAGCCACACAAAGAGCAUAAUAAAUACUUUGCUGGUGAUCAGUUGUUGGUGAACAGUUUUCUUGGUCCAUUUGAAUUAUUGCUCCAUCGACUCAAGUUUGUAGAUAAAUGAAGAAAGGAAGCCCAAUAUUUUAAAUGUGUCGACAGUUCAACAUAUACUGUACGUAGAGAUAGAGGUUUGAGAAACACAACAGAGAUCUUUAAUAUUAGUAGAGAUAAAGAAUUUGACAGGGGUAUAAAACCAUUUGUAUAAUUCGACUGCAAUGUUCUUCUUACUGAUGCUCAACAUUUCAGCAUUUCAGCAGAAGACCUUGUGUUUUACUUCUUUUCUGGAGGAGAAUGAAUGAAUGAUUAUUUAUUUCAAUGAUGACAAAAAAGUACAAUCUAUUUAGCAAAAUGUCUGGAGGUGAAAUUUAUGCUGCAGAUAUCCUAGUUUUUAUCAUUACAAAUCUGAUUAUGGAUUUUAUUUAUUUUUUAUUUUAUGUGGUUAAAUUACCUCUCACUAAUAUUUGUUGUAACAGUGAAACUUGUUUGCC